AUGAAGGCUGGUACCCUGCCCUGCCCCGGCCGCACCGCAGAGGAGCUCAAGCGGCAGCGCGACGCGGCCGAGCUGAAGAAGGGCAAGGAGCAGCGGCGCGCGGCGCGGGUGGCGGCAGAUGCGGCAGCGGCCGCCGGCCCCGCCACCCCCGCGGCCAAGCCGGCGGCGCCCGCCACCCCCAUCGCCUUUCUGUUCCCGGGGCAGGGCUCGCAGGCGGUGGGCAUGCUCAAGGAGUCCAAGGACCUCCCCGCUGUGCGCAAGAUGCUGGACACGGCGCAGGCGGUGCUGGGGUACGACCUGCUGGCGCUGUGCCUGGAGGGGCCCAAGGAGAAGCUGGACGACACCGUGUAUGCGCAGCCGGCGCUGUUUGUGGCGGGGUUGGCGGCCGUGGAGCGGCUGCGCUCCCAGAACCCAGCCGCCGUGGACGGCUGCUCGGCGUGCGCGGGGCUGAGCCUGGGGGAAUACACGGCGCUCGUGUUUGCCGGGGCGCUGUCGUUUGAGGACGGCCUCAAGGUGGUCAAGGUUCGGGCGGAGAGCAUGUCGGCGGCCGCCAAGCAGGGCAAGCCGCACGGCAUGCUGUCGGUGGUGGGGCUGGGGGAUGCCGACCUGGAGGGCGUGUGCGCCGCCGUGCGCGCCGCGCGCCCCGAUGCCGUCUGCCAGCUGGCCAACUUUUUGUUCCCGCAGGGUCGCGUGGUGUCGGGCCACAAGGAUGCGCUGGAGGAGGUGCAGCGCCAGGCCACCGCCAAGGGCGCGCUCAAGGCGGUGCCGGUGGCCGUCAGCGGCGCCUUCCACACCCCCCUCAUGCAGCCCGCGCGCGACGCGCUCACCCAGGUGCUGUCCAGUGUGUCGAUCCGCGAGCCGCGCAUCCCCAUCUACUCCAACGUCACGGGGGAGCCCUUCCAGGGGGCCGCAGACAUCGCCGCGCUGCUGCCGCGCCAGCUGGUGGAGCCGGUGCAGUGGGAGGGCACCAUCCGCAAGCUGGUGGCAGCGGGCAAGAACCAGAUGCAUGAGCUGGGCCCCGGCCAGCAGAUCAAGGCGAUGGUGAAGCGGGUGGACAACGCCGCCUGGGCCGCUCUCAAGAACACGGCCGCGUGA